UUUCCUCAUUUUGUCUGUCAUAGUUGAAGUGUACCUAUGAUGAAAAUUACAGGCCUCUCUCAUCUUUUUAAGUGGGAGAACAUGCACAAUUGGUGGCUGACUAAAUACUUUUUUGCCCCACUGUAUAUCACUCCAGUGUAAAUUGCUAAAUUGUAAUUACUUUGCCACUAUUGGCAUAUUUAUUACCUUACCUUUCAUUUGCACACAUUGUAUACAGAUUUUUCUAUUGUGUUAUUGACUGUACGUUUGUUUAUCCAAUGUGUAACUGUGUUGUUGUUUUUGUCACACUUCUUUGCUUUAUCUUGGCCAGGUCGCAGUUGUAAAUGAGAACUUGUUCUCAACUGACCUACCUGGUUAAAUAAAGGUGAAAAAAACAAAAAAAAACAUGAGUAGGCUACAUCUGAAGAAAAUAAUACAGUUUUAACUUGCAACAUGUUACAACACCAGGACAUUUGGGGGGGAAAAAACGAACAUUGCUGUUAUUGUCCCAAUCCAUUCCAUUGAAAUGAUCCAUUAUCUCUUCAAACAAUCUGGACUCAGGGGUAGACAUAACACAGUAAAUGUAAAUCCAAUUAGUAUGUCCUGUGUGAAUUUAAGACCUGAGCCCUGGGACCAUACGUCGGGACUGCCGGGCGUGGUGGCUCCUUGCUGUCCCCAGUCCGCCUGGCCUUGCUGCUGUUCUGCCUGCGGUUAUGGAACCGCCACCUGUCCCAGACCUGUUGUUUUUCAACUCUUAAUGAUCGGCUAUGAAAAGCCAACUGAAUAUUAUUCAUGAUUAUUAUUUGACCAUGCUUGUAACUUAUGAACAUUUUUGAACAUCUUGGCAUAGUUCUGUUAUAAUCUCCACCCGGCACAGCCAGAAGAGGACUGGCCACCCCUCAUAGCCUGGUUCCUCUCUAGGUUUCUUCCUAGGUUUUGGCCUUUCUAGGGAGUUUUUCCUAGCCACCGUGCUUCUACACCUGCAUUCUAGCUGUUUGGGGUUUUAGGCUGGGUCUCUGUACAGCACUUCGAGACAUUAGCUGAUGUACGAAGGGCUAUAUAAAAGAAACUUGAUUGAUUGAUUGAUGAUAUGUUACGAAAUACAAUAAGUAUGAUAAGUUACGAAUUCCAAUUUGUUGUUAGCUAGGUGGGUAACGCUAAUGCUAGCUAGGCUAGUUUAGCUAGGUUAGUGUUAGGAGGUAGGCUAGGGGAAGGGUUAGCUAAAAUUCGUAGUUGUUGCAAAGUAGCUAAAAAAGUAGUAAGUAGUUGCUAAUUAGCUAAAAUGCUGAAAUUGUCCCUGAUGAUAUCCUCCCACCUACCCACCCCGACCAAAUACCAUACUUUCGUUUUAGCUUUAAGUAACCUUCUGUACUAUGUAACCAUACCAAACAUAACCAUACUAAUUUGAUUGUUGUAGAUUUACUUUUACUAUGUUACGUCUAGUCUAUGAGACCAGGCUGCUUCGAUUUACUCUUAUAAGCCAUUGCGCGCGCAUGUGCGUUCAACAUCUGCAUGUUGUAAACCAGUUAGUAACGACCUCCAAGCACCACUCUGUACGGGAUGUAUGACUGCAUCACUUUUGGAAUUAGGUGUUGUACUGACACUUCUCACUCUCUGGUAGAUUUUUUUUAGUGUAACAGUGAAGCCUACUUUCAAUAUUUUUUCAGUAAUUUGGCUACGGAUUUUUUCUGCAUUCUGUCUUUUUUCACUAAAACGUGUCAAUACCACUACAUUUCUGCGCUUUAAUGCAUAUAUAUAUUGAUACAUUCAACACAACUUGAAAAUGGAUUGUAUCUUCGUUUUAAUAGUUUUUCAAUACUUACUUAUCGAUGGGAUCUACGAAGUGUCCAGCUAUGGAAAUCUCCAACCAUACAUGCCCAACGUGUGUGUGGAGCGGGAUGUGACGCUGGUUGCCCAAAGGCAGCUGUGUGUGCAGGCCUUCACACGCAUGGUCAAGGUCUGGAAGCAAGGCUGCCUAGGACAUAACUGGUGCAUGGGAUACGAGAGAAGGACGGCAUACUACACAGCAUAUAAACAAAUCUACAGACAAGACUUCCAGACCGUGUAUAAGUGCUGUCCUGGAUGGUCUCAACUCAACGGAGAGGCUGGCUGCUUGUAUCCUGUGUGUAGCUACGGCGUGUGCUUCAACGGGGGCCAGUGUCGGGAGGGCUCCCGCUCCAGCUCCCAGCUUUGUGACUGUCCUGCUGGCUUCAAUGGGCCCAGUUGCCAGUAUGAUGUUAAUGAGUGUGAGGAGACUAACGGAGGCUGUGAGGCUCUGUGCUGCAACACCAUCGGCAGCUUCUACUGCAGUUGUCCCUCUGGUCAGCAGCUGAAGGACGACGGCAAGACCUGCCAAGAUAAUGAUGAGUGCCAGGUCUAUAACGGGGGCUGCCAGCACAGAUGCGUGAACACCAGGGGCUCCUAUCACUGUGAAUGCAACACAGGCUCUCGACUCCAUGUUGAUGCACGCACCUGCAUCGCUGUUCAAUCAUGUGGCAUCAGUAAUGGAGGAUGUGAGCAUUUCUGUGUACAGCAGUCCCCUACUGCCUUCCGCUGCCGCUGUAGAGCCAACUACGUGCUUGCUGACGAUGGAAAGCACUGCAAAUUGGAGAAUCCAUGUCAUGAUAAGAAUGGCGGCUGCCAGCAAAACUGUCUUGUUGAUGGUGGCAAGACCCACUGUGACUGUAGAAAUGGGUACAAGCUGGCAGAGGACAGGAAGACCUGUGAGGAUAUUGAUGAGUGUGAGUCUGAACAGACGGGAUGUGCUCAUGGCUGCCACAACAUCCCGGGCUCCUUCACCUGUGUGUGUGACACUGCCUACGAGCUGGGAGCAGACGGACGCCAGUGCUACCGGAUUGAGAUGGAGAUUGUCAACAGCUGUGAGAGCAACAAUGGAGGCUGCUCCCAUCACUGCCAGCACUCCACUGGCGGCCCUGUCUGCAGCUGUAACCAGGGUUACCGACUGGAGGAUGACCUCAAGACCUGUGUCGACCUGGACGAGUGUGGUGAGGGAAGUUCAUGCUGCGAGCAGGACUGUACCAACUACCCUGGGGGCUAUGAGUGUUACUGCACAGCGGGCUACCGCCUCAACUCAGAUGGAUGUAGCUGUGAUGAUGUGGAUGAGUGUCUGGCGGCCAACGGUGGCUGUGAUCACACAUGCCAGAACACCGCCGGGUCCUUCCAGUGUUUCUGCCGCCAGGGCUUCCGUCUGGACGAGGACCGACGCUCCUGUGAACCGCUGGGGAAUACAGUUGAGGCCCUGUCUAGUGGGGGCCAGGAUAUUGUGGGGACCCUGGCUCAGCCCCAGCUCGCCCUGCUGCAGGACUACAACCAGCCCCUGGAGCGCUAUGAUGACUAUGAGGAUGAUGAUGCUAGAGAGCUGCUGGCUGAGAGCACGCUAGCAGAGAAAUUUGUGUGUCUGAACAACACGUUUGGCCAUGACUGCAGCCUGACCUGUGAGGACUGCUCUAACGGAGGGCUGUGUGGCCCAGGGAGAGAUGGAUGUCACUGUCCCGAUGGAUGGACAGGCCUCAUCUGCAACCAGACUUGUUCCGAGGGAUCAUUCGGCAGGAACUGCUCAUUCCCCUGUAAGUGUAAGAACGGAGCCACCUGUGACCCUGUCAAUGGGAACUGUCGCUGCCCACCUGGGGUCAGUGGAGACAUGUGCCAGGAUGGCUGUCCUAAGGGCUUCUAUGGGAAACAGUGCAAUAAGAAGUGUAACUGUGCAAAUAACGGGUGCUGCCACCGCACCUACGGAGCCUGUCUGUGUGACCCUGGACUCUACGGGAGGUUCUGCCAUCUACUGUGUCCCAAGUGGGCCUUUGGACCGGGCUGUUCAGAGGAGUGUGAGUGUGUCCAACAGAACACUCUGGAGUGUCACCGUCACCACGGCACCUGCGUCUGCAAGCCCGGUUGGCAAGGCAAUGCGUGCAGGGAAGAGUGUGACCCAGGCACGUUUGGCCCAGGCUGUGAGAACAAAUGUGAGUGCCCGCUCAGAGUGUCUUGUGAUCCUGUGACCGGGCAGUGCCAACGCUUGUGCCCGGCUGGUCGCCGUGGAGACAACUGUGAUCAAGACUGUCCAGAGGGGAGGUUUGGGCCAAGUUGCACUCAGGCCUGUGACUGCUCAGGGGCUCCAUGUGACAGAGUGAGUGGCCAGUGCCAGUGUCCUGCAGGAACAUCAGGAAAACGCUGUGAGAAUGUGUGUGUGAAGGGCUUCUGGGGUGCGGGAUGCCGUGAGGCCUGUCCAGCCUGUGAGAAUGGAGGAGAGUGUGACAAACACAACGGGACGUGUUCCUGCCCUCCUGGGUACAUGGGCAGGCUCUGUCAGAACUCAUGUCCGACAGGACGGUUUGGUGUUGGAUGCCAGCUGCGCUGCCUGUGUGAAAACAGCGGGCGCUGCCACCCUGUCACGGGCCGUUGCACAUGUGCCCCUGGCUGGGCCGGACACAACUGCAGGAAAGCCUGUGAUGCCAGGCACUGGGGGGUGGACUGUGCUGAGAAAUGUGACUGUAAGGAUGGUGAUGGGAGCUGUGAUGCGGUGACGGGCCAGUGUAACUGUGAGGCCGGCUACACCGGGACACAAUGCUAUGACAAGUGUCCAGUGGGCUAUUUUGGGCUAGGCUGUCUGCAUCACUGUCAGUGUGACAACAAAGGCACAUGUGACCAUGUGAGCGGAGCCUGCACCUGUCUGGUGGGCUGGACUGGAACCUUCUGUGAGAAACCCUGUCCCCAGGGCUUCUAUGGGUUGGACUGCCAGGAGAAGUGUGUGUGUGUGAACGGAGGUCACUGCAGCCAUGUCACUGGGGUGUGCAUGUGUCCUGCAGGGUGGAUUGGUCCUACCUGCAACCUGACAUGCCAGGCUGGUUUCUACGGGGAGAGCUGCAGCCAAACCUGCGGUUGCCAUAACAAUGGUAGCUGCCACCCGGCGAGCGGGCAGUGUGUGUGUACACCAGGCUGGACAGGGCCAAGCUGCAUACAGGAAUGCCCAGUAGGCUUCUAUGGAACAGACUGCUGCCAGCGUUGCCUGUGCCAAAAUGGAGCCACGUGUGACCGAAUCAGUGGGCAGUGUACGUGUGCCAGUGGGUGGAUGGGCGCAGCCUGUGAGCUAGAGUGUGGAGCGGAGCAGUUUGGGGCCGACUGCCAGGAACAGUGUCAGUGUGAGAACGGGGGACAGUGUGACAGACAGACGGGCAAGUGCACCUGUAGUCCUGGCUGGGUCGGAAAGCGCUGUGAAAAAGCCUGUGGGUCAGGCCUGUUUGGAGCUGGCUGUGAGGAGAGCUGUCAGUGUGAGCAUGAAGCCCCCUGUCACCACGUCACCGGGCACUGCCUGUGUCCACCAGGUUGGAGGGGACCCCUUUGUGACAAAGCCUGUCUUCCUGGUACCCAUGGCAAGGGCUGUGUGCAACGCUGCACAUGUCCCCAGGGUACUUCCUGUCACCAUGUCUCUGGGGAGUGUGGCUGUCCCCCUGGAUUCACUGGCAAUGGCUGUGAACAAACCUGUCUGUCAGGGACAUAUGGGCUCAACUGUAACCAGGUGUGCCAGUGUUCUGAGACCAACCAGCUCUGUCACCCAGUGACUGGGUUUUGUUACUGCGCCCCAGGCUUCCAGGGUCCUAAAUGUAACCAUGGGUGUGUGGAAGGUCGGUAUGGUCCCAACUGCGAGCGAGAGUGUCGGUGUCAAAACGGGGGGAAGUGCAUCUCCACCACUGGCACCUGUGAAUGUACAGCAGGGUUCAUCGGAGCACACUGCAACAUCACAUGCCUAGCGGGACGUUAUGGGCAUGAUUGUGCCCGUGUGGUGCUGUGUGGAGAGGGGGCACAGAAUGAUCCUGUCACUGGUAGAUGUCACUGCAGCCCUGGACAAAGAGGAGAGGACUGUGGACAAGGCUGUGCUCCUGGAUGGUUUGGAGGGGACUGUGCUCAGCGCUGUAACUGCAGUAACGGAGGACUGUGUGACUCUGUCUCUGGAAGCUGUACCUGUGGUCUGGGCUGGACCGGGCCUCACUGUGAUACAGAAUGUCCUCCAGGGACGUUUGGAGCUAACUGCCAGCUGAAGUGUGACUGCCGGAACAACGGAACCUGUGACAGAUUGACAGGAACCUGCCUGUGUAUCCCAGGAUACUACGGACGUCAGUGUGAAAAUGCAUGUCCCCCUGGUCUCCAUGGCCCUCUGUGCCAGCUUCAGUGUGACUGUCUGAAUGGGGCGUCCUGCCACCCCUCCACAGGCCUCUGUGUGUGUCCUCCUGGGUACCACAGCUCUCGCUGUCACAGAGAGUGUCACCAGGGCACGUUUGGUGUGAACUGUGCCAAAUCAUGUGACUGUGUGGAGGGCACACCCUGUGACCCUGUGAGUGGCAGGUGUCUGUGCACCUCAGGGAAGACUGGACCCAGAUGUGACAUUGACUGCAAAGCAAACCGCUAUGGGCCAGACUGCACAGAGAGGUGUGAGUGUGACAACGGGGCUUAUUGUGACCAUCGGAACGGACGCUGCACCUGUCUCAACAGCUGGAUCGGACUCACCUGUCAGGAAGGUGGGCCUCCACGUCUCCCCUACAGAAGCCGGAAGGAAGGAUAUCUCACAUCCGGACAAUAACGCAUUAUAGCUUCCCCUUUUGGUUGGAGGCUCCAAUCCCCUCAACGAGCCUCCGACUGUAAGAGACUGAGGCAGCAGCACAAGCUUCACUGAAGCGGAACUGAAGUGGAUUAAAAGUGUGGAUAUUAUUAUUUCAGACAUACACACCCCAACAGGAGAGGAUAUUGCUGCGCCCACAGUAGCUGGAUGACAGACAUGGAGAAAUAGACUCUCAGGGGAAAUGUACUCUGUUUGCUCUAGGGUGGAUAAUGCUUUGGUGUGUGUGCGUAUCUGUGUUUUGAACUGUGAAGGGCUUUUCAUUGUGUGUGUAGUGUAUAUGUACGGUGGCCACUCAGGCAUGGCCUGACUCAUCAGUGAUGAGGUCCUGGAUGUUGUGACCUCCUUCUGGUAGUUAGAGGGAGGUCAGGUGUUACCAGGACUACCCUCCUCUGCACACUCCCAUCCUGGACAAAGAACCUACGGGAUAUAGGAGAUGUGUGUGGAGAUGGGCUAAAUGUCCAACACAUUCUUGAUUUCAGAGAUCCACUGACUCACUCUGCUGUUCUUGAGAUAUUUGUUUUGUAUACUUGGCAAUGUUAAAAUAUUUAAUGUUGAGUUUUUUUGUAAUUUCCCACUGGAAUUAUGAUGGAAUUUGUGCAUAUACCAUAUACAGUGGCUUAUGAAAGUAUUCACCUCCUUGGCAUUUUUCCUAUUUUGUUGCCCUACAACCUGGAAAUAAAAUAGAUUUUUUUGG